GGAGGAGGAGGAGGAGAGCAGCUCGCUCCCUUGGUAGCGGCCGCGACGCUCUGCCGGGCUAUUCUGCCUUUCUCCUUUGUUCGAAGGGGGCGGGUGAGGUGCCCCAAAUGCACAGGCCCAGGAGAAUAGCGUGGGCCGAGAGCCCCCCGGAGGUCUCUGGCCACGCGAACCCCGGCUACUCUAGCGGAGAAGAAAAAGGGGAGCCCCCCCCGGGGAGAAGCGCCCAAGUGAGCGACGCGGCAGCGAUGGGGGACGAAGUCGACCACCCGCUCCUCAGGGGCAUUUUCGAGAUCGAGAAGAAGAGCUGCGACGUGGUGCUCCGCGCCCAGCGGCUCAGCUGGAGCCCUAUCAAGCCAGAGAGCCCCGUAGGAGGUUCCAGUAUUGGUUUACAGCAUAAAGAAGAAUUUGUUGAAAUGAAAGAUGUAUUUUCCAUAAAACUGAAACGUCGUCGUUUUGCUGGGCAAGAAAAAGGCAUAUUAUUAGGAAUCGCUAUUUUUGUGUGUCUAAAAAAAGGCAAUAAACUUAAAGAUGCCACCAUCAAUCUAGGCAACAUAAGUGAAGACCAUUGUUAUUUAUGGUAUAGAUCUUUGAAGGAAAUUUUGAAGGGGUUUCCAAGUCGGCCAAAGUCAUUAAAAAUAUUUGUCAAUCCAAAUAGCCAUAAAAAAGAAGCUACUCGGAUUUAUUAUGAGCAAGUUGCUCCCCUCUUCAAGGUUGCUGACAUCAUGACUGACGUUAUCGUUACUGAAUAUAAAGGUCAUGCUCUUACACUGCUCAAGGAAUGUGACUUAAAGUCAUUCCAUGGGGUGGUCUGUGUUGGUGGAGAUGGCACUGUCAGUGAGAUUGCUCAUGGUCUUUUGGUUAGAGCCCAGGUGGAUGCCGGAAAGAACUGUGAUAAUGCACUUGUACCAGUCAGAUCGCAAAUUCCUCUUGGGAUAAUACCAGCAGGAUCUACUAAUAUUUUGGCACAUACUCUGAAUGGAAUCCAACACACACGAACAGCAACAUUGCAUAUAAUAUUGGGGCAUUUACAGUCAGUGGAUAUGUGCACUUUUAGUAGCCCAAUCAAGCUCCUUCGCUUUGGAUUCUCUUCUAUGUUUGGCUUUGGAUCAAGGACUCUAGCUUUGGCUGAAAAGCAUCGUUGGAUUCCAUCAAAGCAGCGUAAAGAUUUUGCUGUAAUCAAGACACUAGCAAGCCUCAAACCAGAAGAUUGUGAAUUAUUGUUCCUCCCACUGAAGCAUUUACAGCAAGAUGCACAAGAAAAUAAUCAAAGGAAGCAAGGGAGACUUAAAUCAGACAGCAAGGAUGAAUGGCACAGAAUCCAGGGUCACUUCCUGAACGUGAGCAUUAUGGCAAUCCCUUGUCUCUGUUCAGUGGCACCGAGAGGCUUGGCACCUAAUACCAGAUUGGAUGAUGGAAGCAUAGCUCUUAUAACUGUAAGGAACACUUCCCGGCAAGAAUUCAUUAAACAUUUGAAAAGAUAUGCUAGUGUGAAAAACCAGUUCAACUUUCCUUUUAUUGAAACGUAUAUUGUUGAAGAAGUAAAAGUCCUUCCAAGAACUGGAAAGAAAUGUAUCACUGGAGAUAAUCUGAGCUGUGCAGAUUCUGAGGAAAAGAGCUAUCCUUGGAACAUAGAUGGAGAUUUAGUGGAAUGGGCAAAAGAAGUUCAUAUUCGGGUACAUCCCCAGUUGAUUAAUCUGUAUGGAGGAAAUGUUGUUAUUUUGGAUAAUCUGAAAGAAUCUUGCAGUUGUAUUUAGAAAUAAUUUAUGAAGAAAAGUUACCUGCUUUCCAGCUGAAUCAUAUUUGUGUGACAAAAAUUGCAUAAGGAUAUGGAAGCCUGGAUGAUUCAAGUUAGAGGUAUGCAAUGGAUCUCAAAAUUCAGUUGAGAACACAAUUCAGAGCCUUGGGAAAGUGACCACUUUCCCAUCAGGUCAAAUGCUGCCACCUUCAUGUCCGAGCUGGAUCGAAGACAUGUUUUGUGAUUCCUGUUUUGUGUUUUGUAUGCAAAUCAAACACCUAUAGCUUUGACAAAUUCUCAGAAACAUUAAAUGGUUAGGGGAGAUUGACUGCCCAAUUUUAGAGAAAUAACGUAGGCUUUUCAGCUCCUUCAUUUUUUAAAAUUAUUAUUUUACAACUUCAUCUGUAACUUUGUUCCUUUUAGACAGAAUUAGAUAGUGUUUGCCCGUAAAAUUGCACCAUCAGUUUUCAGAUAGCUAUGUCAUGGUGUUUUUGUGCAAAUCUUUAUGAACUUAGUAGUGGUAAUUACAGUGGGGAAAAAAAUUCACUGACUGCCCCCAAGUGGAUACAGGUAGUCCCCAGUUUAAG